AUGUUUGGAAUUUUGUGGCUUUUCCCGGGAGUUGCAUCAUAUGGAUUGGAAGGCGCUAUCGUUGAUGGUGUAAUUCCUGAGCAUCCGCUUGCUGGUGAAAUUGGCAAAUUCAUCAACAGGAUGCACAUUACCGAUGAUAUCGCUAUUUUCAACAUGUGCAACCAAGUUGAAAGGGCUCGUGAUAUUAUUCGUGAUUUGGUGGAUGGUUAUGUGAUAAUUGAUGGUCGCUUAAGGGGUGUUGUGGGUAACAUCUUGGAUGAGACAAUGGGAUAUCUCAAUGCCACAUACAGAUUAAUUACAAUUAAACCAACAAACAGGGAGAAUCCCUUCGCUGCAGUUGGGACAAUCCUUGUUAUGCAGAGAGCUGAUUUCAACUUUAACUUUCAAUUCCUCCAUCCGGAAUAUAUGAAACAGAAGUUCCUCACUUGGACAACCCCAGUGGCUCUUCACAGGAUGUGCUGCCUUGUGCCCUAUAAACCUGAUAAUCCAGACUUUAUUGAUCUAAUCAAUCAUUGCGGUAAGGGAUCCUAUCUCCUAUACAUCGCCUUUAUGUUCAUCACAGCCAUCUUGUGGUUCUACACGCAACGCCCUAGAAUAUCCUUUGGCGAUUCUCUGUGGCUCCUGUUGCGCGUUGUGUUCCUCUCUGUUAUCCCACGGCGAUUUCCCUUUUUCUCCGAAAGGCUCAUCGUGGGUGCUGCCUUUGUGGCGUCUUUCUUUAUAAUUAGUACCCUUCAAUCACUCCUAAUUGCAGAAAUUGUUAAACCACACCACCCAGCACAAAUAAAUUCUCUUGAUGAAUUGAAAAGGAUGAAACUUCCCAUUCUUGUUCUACCGGGAAUGGCAUCAUUUCUAAAAGGAAUGGAGAAUGAGUUACCUUUGGAGAUUACAUUGAAAAUACAGGAAUCUCCACUCAACCCAUGGAUUGUUCGACGUCAAAAUAUUCGAAAUGAAAUUAUCUUUGCGUUGGAUGUCUUCAAAGUACAAAAUUUUGUGGAUUCCGUGGCUAAUAUGGAUGCAAAUGGGCAUCCAAUCUAUCACAUUAUGAAUGAAUGUCUCAUCCAUUCCCCAGCUAUUUUCCCAUUUCCCCGGAAUUCACCAUAUUUGUCGCACAUCAACAACCUCCUGCGUUGGUAUUUCGAGGCUGGGAUGUACAAUCAUUGGCUUCUGAUGGAGCGCCACAAGUUGUUGGUUGAGCAUAGCAUUGUUGAUCCCGAAGAGCUUCAAGCAAUGCACAACGAAGUAAUGGUGACUUAUGGGCACCUGAAAACGACUCUUCCCAUCAUCCUUGCGGGUUGGGUGUUGUCAAGUGUCGUACUCCUUCUUGAGAUCCUCUACGCGAGGUGCUCAUUUGGGCGGUACUGA